AAAACACAUUCAAACUGUUCGCGAGACCCACGCUUCAGAGCAGGAGGGGCUGAAAGAUUUGUUGCGAUCCUGAUUCCAAACCCUAGAACUCACUCAAAGGCGAGAGAGAGAGAGAGAUCGAGGGAGAGAAUUCGAGAAAAAAGCAAAAAAUCUCGAGAGAAACCCUAGAAGUUCGGGGGAUGGCGUCGUCGAAGUUGAUGGCGUCUAGGUCACCGGCGAAUCCGGAUCUACCACGCCAGUCCUCUAUACAUUCGCUCACACUGGCCGAUCACAGCAAGAGCUUUGGCUCCAUGAACAUGGACGAAAUCCUCAAGAACAUCUACGCUGAUUCCGACGCAUUUGCGGCCGCCGACAGCGCCGGCGCCGGAGAGCCGGCGCCGAAGACUGCGGGGAACAAGACGGUGGACGAGGUCUGGAAGGAGAUCGUGGCGGGGGGCGGCGGGGGAGGAGGGACCCGGGAGCCGGAGAUGACUCUCGAGGACUUUCUCACUAAGGCUGGGGCGGUCACGGAGGAGGAUGUUAGGAUUCCGGUGGUACCGCAGCCUCCGCCAGGGUAUGUUUCCGAUCCGGUGAUGAAUGCUGCUCAGUUUCAGGCUCCACCGCCGCAUGUGAACGGCCCUGGAGCUUAUGGUGUCGAUUCGGUGGGGUUUGGGAACGGAAUUGAUGGGAGAGUUGUUGCUGUUGGUGCCGGCGGCAGUAGCGGCGGCGGAGGAAGGGGGAAGAGGAGGGCGGUGGAGGAGCCCCCGAUGGACAAGGCUACACAGCAGAAACAGAGGCGCAUGAUUAAAAAUAGAGAGUCCGCGGCCAGGUCCAGGGAGCGAAAGCAGGCUUACACCGUUGAGCUGGAAUCCCUGGUGACACAGUUAGAGGAAGAGAAUGCAAGGCUUUUAAGAGAAGAGGCUCAACAAUCCCAGGAGAGGUAUAAGCAGCUAAUGGAGAACCUGAUUCCAGUUGUGGAGAAGAGAAGACCAGCCCGAGCUCUUCGAAGAAUGAAUUCCAUGUAGGUGUAACUAAUUUAUGUUCAACAAUAAAGUUGGAAGACACUGCUCUGCUUCUGUCCAGACACGUGCUGUCAUCAGAAAGCAUGAGCCUGAAGGCUUCUUGUAGAAAGAAAGAAAGAGAAAGGUUUGUUGGUCCAGAUAUUUUGCUAGUGGCUAAUUUUAGUUUAGAAGCAGCAGCAGCAGCUGGGUUUCAUUUGUAAAGAGAAGCUGAGAGCAGGCUAAUACUUCUUUGUAAAGUCAUUGGAACUGGAGAUCAGAUGGAUGUGCUUUUUAUCUGCAUCUUGUGGUAGGUUUCCCAUAUUUGCAUCGUCCUUGGGUGUUGUAAAAAUAGUGAACUUUGUUACAGUUGGUUAGGUUUCCCGGUUCCCCAAUUUAUGCAGCUGGCUGGGAGACUGGUAAAUAUCAACUAAUAUAUAAUUAAAUAUAACAUUAAAUACUCCAGGUUACAUAUGCUAACAA